GAAAUUAGAGCACGCUUAUUUGAGAAUCAACAAUUAUGUUUAUCUGAAUAACCGAUAUCGGACAAAUCGAUAUGUUAGACAAAGUCUUCCUCUGCCCUGAUCACAUGCUCCAAGAUUUGAGGUUCUAAAUGGGGCAAACCACAAACGAGUGUAAUGAGCGUAGCGUGAUGGCAAAGGAGACCUAGCUUAUCUAUGGGUGAGAAGGAAAAUAUAUCGAAUCUCAUGAGAAAUAAAGAUUGUGCACUAUAUAACACUUUGACACCCUAGUUUGAGAAUUAUUUCUAAUGUUAUAAAGAUGCUUCAGGUCAAUUUUUUGUUCAUGUUUGAGAGAUUUUUCAUUCGAAAUGUUCCAACUAGUAAAGACACUAUCUUUUUUUUUUUUUUGACAAGAGUAGAGACGCUAUCUAAAUACUCAAGAUUUUCCUCCUUUAUUGGAUGAUCGAAGCAACAAUCUUUGGAAGAAGUUGAAGGAUUGAAAGGAUAAUUUUCUUUCUUUAGAGAACGAAAUGUUCUUGUCAAACUCAUGGACCACUCUAUUCACAAUUACAUUAUAGGGUACUUCUUACUUCAACACGUUUAUGUGAUCAUAUUGAAGCCAUGAUAAAGAAAUUUUGGUGGGGUUUCAAUGAGAGAAUAAUAAAAUGGAUUUGAUCCACCGAAACAAAUGUUGUCAACCAAAGACAUGAGUUUGAAUGGGGUUUAGAUGACAUGUUUUAUCAAACCCUAAUUAAUUACCUCCUAAAUGCUUGAAAUCCCACCACUCCCCUAGUCUUAGGGGCUAGGGGAAUAUCCCGACUGAGUUGCUUUCGUAAUUACAGCUAAAGAAGUGUUCAUAAAGUUUUGUGGGUUUGGGUUAUAAAACACGGUUUCACCCGGAUAGUGGAAACCGGUCAUUUGAUCAAUAUAUGGAAGGACAAUUACCUUAUAUGGACACUCCAACGAAUGAGCAGUGAAAUUAAUGUCUCUGAAAUUAGUCUGUCCUUGAACGAGAUAUUGAAUCUUAAAAAUAUUUUUUUUAUUUUUUUUAUUUUUUUUUUACAUGAUACUAUGAUAAUGUAAAAUGGAGAGUCAAUAUUCCUUACCUUACCAACAUAAAAUCAAUUUUCCACGGCAUCAUGUGAUGUCUAAUUAUAUUUUCUACGACCAACAAAUGAGUUUUUUGAUGGCGUGAAUGUCCACAAAAAAAUUAAAAAUUAAAAAUUUGAAACAAGCCAUCAUCGUUACCAUUACCACUAGAGUUGAAGAAGAAAGACACCGCCAAGGUCAAGUAGUGGCUCUAUUCCGUUGAAUGUUGAAGAAGAAAUAACCAAAAUUGCAUUCAUCAUGAGGAAGCGUGAUUUGGCCAUUCUCAUGCUUUCAGCUUUCGCUAUUUUCUUCUCUCUUCACCAAGAUGGUGGUGUUUCCUUCAAAGACGCAUGGAUGCAUCUAACCGAUGAAUAUCCAAUCAAAUACGAAACCGAACGCCUUCCUCCUCCCCUUGUCGCCGAUCUCAACGGCGACGGUAAAAAAGAAGUUCUCGUAGCUACUCACGAUGCCAAAAUUCAGAUUUUGGAGCCACAUAGUAGGCGUGUUGAUGAAGGAUUCAGCGAGGCACGUGUGUUGGCCGAGGUAUCUCUGUUGCCUGACAAAGUGCGUGUCAUGUCUGGGAGACGUCCUGUUGCUAUGGCUACUGGCUAUAUUGACCGAUAUAAAAUUGGGCAACCGCAUAAACAGGUUUUGGUUGUGGUAACGUCGGGUUGGUUUGUAAUGUGUUUUGAUUCCAACCUACAAAAGUUGUGGGAAAAUAAUUUGCAGGAGGAUUUUCCCCAUAAUGCUCACCAUAGGGAAGUUUCAAUCUCUGUAAGCAAUUAUACUUUGAAGCAUGGAGAUACAGGAUUGAUCAUUGUUGGUGGGAGGAUGGAAAUGCAACCACAUAUUUUUAUGGAUCCUUUUGAAGAAAUUGGAAUGGGAGCCAGAUUUGCUGAGCAGCAUCGAAGAAGUGCUACUGAAAAGGAGGCUUCUGAAAACACCGGAACUGUGGAUUUACGCCAUUUUGCAUUUUAUGCAUUUGCUGGUCGAUCUGGUGUAGAACGGUGGAGCAGAAAAAAUGAGAACAUCGAAGAAGCUUCUUCAGAUGCAUCACAGUUAAUUCCACAGCAUAACUACAAACUUGAUGUUCAUGCUUUGAAUAGACGUCAACCUGGAGAGUUUGAAUGCAGGGAAUUCAGAGAAUCGAUCCUGGGAGUUAUGCCACAUCACUGGGAUAGGAGAGAAGAUACUGUAUUGAAGCUGGCCCACUUCAGGCGGCACAAGAGGAAAACAUCAAAGAAAAUAACUGGAAAGACUACGAAUUACCCUUUUGACAAGCCUGAGGAAAACCAUCCACCAGGGAAGGACUCGACCAAAAAAAUUUCGAACAUAAUUGGGAAAGCAGCAAAUUUUGCUGGUUCAGCAAAAUCCAAGAAGCAUCCACCUUAUGUUCCCACCAUAACCAACUACACUAAGGUUUGGUGGGUUCCUAAUGUUGUCGUGGCUCAUUUAAAGGAGGGGAUAGAAGCCCUUCAUCUGGCAUCUGGUCGAACACUAUGCAAGCUUCACCUUCAAGAAGGUGGUCUACAUGCUGAUAUUAAUGGCGACGGAGUUCUGGAUCAUGUGCAGGCUGUUGGAGGAAAUGGUGCUGAGCAGACUGUAGUUAGUGGGUCCAUGGAUGUUCUCCGUCCUUGUUGGGCUGUUGCAACGUCUGGUGUACCAGUACGGGAACAACUGUUCAAUGUAUCUAUUUGUCAUUAUAGCCAUUUUAACUUGUUCCAACAUGGAGAACUUUAUAGAAGCUUCAGCCGAGGUUCAGAAAUGGCUUCUUUGGAGGUAGCGACACCCAUUCUCAUUCCUAGAAGUGAUGGUCACAAGCACCGGAAGGGAAGCCACGGGGACGUUAUCUUCUUGACAAAUCGUGGAGAGAUAACUUCGUACACUCCUGGUUUGCAUGGUCAUGAUGCUCUUUGGCAGUGGCAACAAUCAACUGGUGUCACAUGGUCAAAUCUACCUUCCCCAGCAGGGAUGAUGGAAGGUGGUUUGGUGAUUCCCACACUAAAGCCUUUUCCCUUGCGGGUGCACGACAAUCAGGAGGUGAUCCUUGCAGCUGGAGAACAAGAGGCUGUGGUAAUAUCACCCGGAGGUAGUAUAUUGGCUACAAUUGAACUACCUGGUCCACCAACACAUGUCUUGAUCCGUGAGGACUUCUCAAAUGAUGGACUCACUGACCUUAUUCUUGUCACGUCUUCCGGAGUGUACGGAUUUGUCCAGACUCGACAACCCGGUGCUCUCUUCUUCAGUGUCCUGAUUGGUUGUCUCAUAGUCGUGAUGGGAGUUAUAUUUGUUACACAGCACAUGAAUUCCAUGAAGGGGAAGCCUCGUCCAUCAUCUGGUCCUAGGUGAAAUGCAGGACCUGAAAUUUAUACCAGAUGAACUUUGCAGGUGCUUAUGAGGAAGUAUAAAACAAUUCGGUGUGCGCUAGCAUCAAGAUUGUUCAAAGUGCAUAGAAUUUCAAGGAGAUAUUGAGGUGGUGCUGGACUGUCUAGGACGGAUGAUUGUAAAAAUUUUAGACAGGAGUGACAGAAUGUCCUUCAUGAGGGAAAUUUGAUGUUAUAACACUAUUAUUAUAAGGAACUUAUACUCUUUGCAUAUGUGAUCUGGCUGUUGUUUAGAAGUUAUACUGUACACAUAGUUGAUGCAUAAGCAUAAUAGAAUUCACCUCAGUUGUUA